UUGUGAUACAAUAACAAGUCAGUGAUUUUCAAUAACUAAAAUAUAAUAUUAAUUUAGUGUCGACAGAAAUAAAAUUAACAAUAAAAGAUGUCUACUCAAAAAUAUCCAAGAUCGAACAAUCCUUUUGAAGAAGAUGAUGUUGAUGAUGAAACCUUUUUGCGAAAUUCGAGAAGACCAACAUAUAACAAUAUACAACCCACUUUUGAUGAACAGCUGCAGUCUUUUGCAGAAAAAAAACGAAUUAUAGAGGAACGUACGCUUAAUAGCACAGAAAAAAGCAUAAGUAUUUUAAGAGACUCGGAACAAGUAGGUAUAGCUACAGCAGAAGAGUUAAUGAGACAAAGAGAGAAGCUUGAAAAAACUGAUAAACAGCUGGAUGAGAUCAACUCUACACUUAGGUUUUCUCAGAAACAUAUAAAUGGUAUUAAAUCUGUUUUUAGCAGCUUGAAGAAUUAUAUGGCUGGCAGGAGUGAUUCUCCCAAUUCAACAACUUCUAGUUCUACUCCUAGUACUGUUAAGCAAUCUACAUCUAACACAAAUUUAGAAGAAAAGCUCAAUACAUAUGAUCGUUAUGAGAACCACCCAUCAACAAGACUGAGGAACACUGACUACAACAACUAUAGUCAGGUAUCUUCAGGUGGUAGUAAAGACUUUAGUGCUAGACUAGAUGCAAAUUUACAAGAAAUGUGUUCAAAUAUAUCUCGUCUUAAAGGUCUGGCUUCAGAAUUAGGUACAGAAAUAGAAUCCCAAAAUGAAUUGAUUGGGGACAUUACAGAUAAGACAUUACUUGCUGAUAUUACUAUUACUAAACAAAAUAAAGAAAUGAAUAGGAUUUUAAAAAAAUAAUUGUAAUAAUUGUUGAGGUAGUACAAUUUUGGCCUAAUAAUAUUAUUCUGAAAAUGCUAUUUAAUAUUUUGCUAUUAAACUAAUUGAAAUCUUUAUUACAUAUAAAAAAGAAAAUAAAAAUGGAUAAGUG